AUGGAGAGCACGAAAAUAAGGCUACUGAAACUGGCCCUAGAAGCUUCCAGACAACAAAUGUUUCGUUCCAACGGCAUUAAACUUUUGUCAUGGCUUGCUCGCCGCUCCCUCUCCAACGAUCCCUUGUAUGAGUCGCUGGCUAGAAGAGGUUAUAGGAAGUUUGGCUCAUCAAUUCAUGGCCAUUACAAGAUUUUCAAUUGUUACAAUAACAAAAAUGUAGUCAAUUCGAGAUAUUGGUCAGGUCUUGGGACGAUUAAUGCACACUAUGGCAACAUCAGAUCGAUUCAUGGCACUUCAGCACGCAUGGCUUCAAAAGAUUAUUAUGAUACACUUGGAGUCAAUAAGAACGCAACCGCAUCAGAAAUCAAGAAAGCCUAUUAUGGGCUAGCCAAGAAGUGGCAUCCAGAUGCAAAUAAAGAUGAUCCAGAAGCAGAAACAAGGUUUCAAGAAGUAUCAAAGGCAUAUGAGGUCCUGAAAGAUGAGGAGAAACGAGCACAAUAUGAUCAGCUUGGACACGAGACUUUUGAAGCAAGUGCUAGUGGUGGAGCUGGUCCCGAUGCUGGCCAUUGGCGCAAUCCAUUUCAAGACCUCGGUGAUAUUUUUGGGUUUGGCCCAUUUGCUCGCAACUUCACUGGCAAGGACGUUAAGGUAUCCCUUGAGCUUUCAUUCAUGGAAGCUGUUCAAGGAUGCACCAAAAAUGUUGUCUUUCAGACCGAGUUGCCUUGUGAAACUUGUGGUGGAAGUGGUGUUCCUCCUGGAACAAAGCCAGAGACAUGUAGGAGGUGUAAAGGAGCAGGCAUGACAUUCAGUCAAACUGGUCCAUUUAGAAUCCAGGUGACUUGUACUCAAUGUGGCGGAAGUGGUAAAUAUGUCAAGAACUUAUGCAAGUCAUGCAAUGGGCAGAGGGUGGUGAGAGGACCCAAGUCUGUGAAGUUAAACAUAAUGCCAGGAGUGGAUACAAAUGAAGAAUUAAGGAUGUCUAGAAGUGGUGGAGCAGAUCCAGAUGGCAACCAGCCUGGCGAUCUUUAUGUUGUUAUCAAGGUGCGAGAAGAUCCUGUAUUUCGACGAGAAGGACCAAACAUUCAUGUAGAUGCUCUCCUGAAUAUCACCCAGGCCGUUUUGGGAGGGACGAUUCAGGUGCCAACAUUAACAGGAGAUGUUGUUCUUAAGGUUCGUGCAGGAACUCAACCUGGUCAAAAAGUAGUUUUAAAAGGAAAAGGAAUUAAAACGAGAAAUUCUUACUCAUAUGGAGAUCAAUAUGUACACUUCAACAUCAGCAUCCCAACGAACUUGAGCGAAAGACAGCGUGAACUGAUUGAGGAGUUUGCAAAAGAAGAGCAAGCUGCUGAAUAUGAGAAAGGGGCUGCAGCUGGAGCUGCUGGAGCCUCUUGAUAGAUUGAUUCAUUCCAGAGUUUGUUUUUUUAAAUUAUCUUUCUCUCAAGCCUACUGCCUACUACAAAGUUUUGAUGGGAAAAUGUAUUGUUGUAUAUAUUUAUUAUUAUUAUAAUUAUAAUUAUUAUU